AUGGAAGAUCAAGAUCUACCACCGCCGGACGCCGCCGAAGAAACCACACAAGUCGACGAGGAACCAACAUCGAUCGCUUCCCGAGAUGAUAGACUCUCCCAAGAGAUUGACCGAUUCAUUUCUGUAUUAGAUGCCGAUGAUCAAUCGGACUCAUCGUCGCCACCUGAAAUCGUGGGUGCCGUUCAAAUUUUUUCUGAUCUUUUGGAUUUUAGGGUGGUUGAAUACGAAUCUGGUUCCAAACAAUGGACCCAAUUAGAGGAGGAUGAAUGUUCUUCUUUUGUAGAUACGGUUAAUCGAACAGCCAAGCUUCUCAAGUCUCUCUCUAGAUUUCAUUCCGUAGAAUAUUACGCCGCUUUAAUCAACAGGGUUAGCGGAAUUCAGCAACGUGCAAUGUCGUUCAUGGAGGUUGAAUUCAAGUCGAUUCUCGAUGAUUAUCAAACUUCAUACGAUCGAGAUCAUACGAAUGAAAUCGAAGAAGCCAAAACCAAACAGCUAUCGUCUUCUCCUAGCAAUGUUCAAGACGCAUCAGAAACGGAUUCGCCGGAUCAAUCCGAAUCUCCCCCGGAGAAAGAUGAGUUUUUAGGAUAUUCCGACGAGAUGAUAUCAAAGCUGAAUAAAUUAUCCAAGGGGUUAAUAGCAGGAGGUCACGAAACAGAGUGUACCGAAUUGUAUUUCUUUGUUCGAAGAAACGCCAUGGAACAAAACUUGAAGCUUUUACAGUUUGAAAAAUUCUCCAUCGACGAAAUGCAGAAGAUGCAGUGGGAUCCGGUAGAGAAAGAGAUUUCAGAAUGGUUGAAGAUGUUCAAAAACUUCGCCACCUCGCUCCUCCCUAGCGAGCGGAGGUUAGUGGACGCCGUGUUCUCGGAAAACAACACAGAAAUCUCCGAUAACUUAUUUGGAAACCUAGCACGAAUUGUCCUCUUUUACUUGCUCACUUUCGCGGAAGCGGUGAUGAUGACGAAGAGAUCCGCUGAGAAACUGUUCAAGUUUCUUGAUAUUUACGAGACAUUACGAGAAAGCAUCCCGGAGUUGGAGAAACUACUUUCCGGCGACUGGUUAUUCCAGCUCAAAACCGCAGCAUCAUUGAUCAGUAACAUGUUAGGAGAAGCCAUUUUCAACAUUUUAGGAGAUCUUGAGAAUUCGAUCCAAGCAGAUACAGGGAAAACACAGGUUCCCGGUGGAGGAGUGCACCCGUUAACUUGCUACACCAUGACAUAUCUAAAACACGCAUGCGAGUAUAGGGACACAUUGGAGCAAGUAUUUAGAGAGCAUAAAAAGAUAGAUCGACCGGACUCAGCCACCGGCUCCGAUCACGAUCCAGAUUCCGAUCACGAUCCCGGUUCUCAAGAUCAGAACUUUUGCUUUCAAGCGGGUCCCGGAUCGGCGUUUCAGUUGCAGUUAGCGAAAGUGAUGGAUCUAUUGGAUGCGAACCUGGAAGUGAAAUCAAGACUGUAUAAAGAUCCAUCGUUGAGCUUGAUUUUCUUGAUGAACAACGGCCGGUUUAUAUUGCAGCAGACAAAGGGAACCGGAGAAAUGAGGAGCUUGAUGGGGGAUCCAUGGGUGAGGAAACGGUCGUCGGAUUUAAGAAGCUACCACACGAACUACAAGAGAGAAACAUGGACGAAGCUUUUACAGUGUUUGAGUCAUGAAGGAUUGAGCGUUAAUGGGAAGGUGAUGAAGCCUGUAUUGAAAGAAAGAUUCAAGAGUUUCAACGCCAUGUUCGAUGAGAUACACAGAACGCAAACGACAUGGGUGGUGAGUGACGAUCAACUUCAGUCGGAAUUAAGGGUGUCGAUAUCGGCGAUAGUAAUUCCGGCGUAUAGGUCGUUCAUGGGGAGGUUCAGUCAGGUGUUUACUCCGGGAAGGCAAACGGAGAAAUAUAUAAAGUAUCAACCAGAAGACAUAGAAACAUGCAUUGAAGAGCUGUUUGAUGGGAGUGCAAAUCAACCGGGGAAGAAGAGAUAA